AUGAAAAAAGAUCAAAAUAUAAUUGUAACUGAUGAGGCUAAAUUGCUAGAAGACCCUCAGCCCCAGAAUAACACUUAUGCUACAGCAAUCAAUCGUUCACCAGACUCGCUUGGAAUAAAUUUAUUACUGUCUUCAAAUAUUUUAUCCCCAAGUGUAGUUCAAAAGCUCAUAAAUCAUCAAGAAAGCAGAGCAAGUCUGCAGCUACUUAAAUACAUAGAUGAAGGAAAUGAGCGUGAAGUGAAAGAAUUAGCUUUAAAUUCCCAAUUCAAGUUAAAAAAUGAAGAAUUCAUAAAUUCAGGAAAGGCAAUUAUCGCAGCCUUGCAGAGAAAUCAAGUAAGACUUGCUGAGUAUUUAUUAGAGAAUGGGUAUAUUUUACCUAUUUCAGGAGUUAUAGAAGCGAUUGAUAGCUUUCCCGAUGAAAUUGUGAGCAGUGCUAUAAAAUAUAGCCAAAAUCAAAAAAAUAUAGAGCUCAUAGCGUGAUACUUACUAUAUAAAGGCUGUCAUCAAUCAGCACAAGAAUUAAACCAAAAAUACCCAGAAUUAUCAGAAUAUUUUCAAAGUGACUUACUCUCUCUCCCUCUGUGAGCGAACAAAGCCAUUAGAAAAACCCCUAUAUUUGCCCGUGAGCAAGCAAAGAUUUUUAUGAAAAAAUUUUUGAUAUAUAAGUGAUAAUUAUUAUAACGAAAUCUCUAGCUAAUUCUAAUUAAUUUUAAACAGCUUGCAUUAUAAACAUAAUUUUUUACAAAUUAAAUAAUAUUGCUUUCCGAUUUUUUGCGAAUUGGUAAUUUGUUUUAAAUUUCGAAAAGAAAAUUUUUACUAUUAAAAUUUAUAUAUCCCUUUAUAAGCGAACAAAAUUUUUUUGCUGGCUCAAUGAGUGGGGGAGUUAAGAAUCCUUGAAAAUAGAAGGCAAGUCUACACGAACAGAAAAUUAGUAACUGACUCUAUGCUUCAGGCUCUUCAAAAUGGGUUCGAUAAUCUAGCAUCAUUACUUUUAACAGUAAAUCCUACUUCAAUCAGCCCAAGUAUGAUCAAAAUUGCAGUCGACAACUGCUGCAUCAAUUUUUUAAAACGAGUUUGGACCGGAAAUAUAAGAAAGCCUACAGAUUUGAUCAAAAAAGUUGCCAAAAGUUCCAAAAUCUGAAACGCUUUGAAAGAGCAGGUAAAUGAUGACCAAGACCUAAAAGAUUUAAUGAACUCCAUGGCAAUUCCUUACCUCAUUGAAAAAUGAAUAGAAUUAGAAAAAAUUUCUGCAGUCAGAGCUUUAUUAAAAUGACCGAAAAUCAAUGAAGAAGAAGGCGUCAUCAGAAAACUUGUCCAGUGCCACCAAGAAGAUUUAGCGAGAGAAAUCCCAAAAAUUGCUAAAAUCGAUUUAACUGAAGAAGACUUUCGUGAGGCUUUUGAUGCUGGACUCUACAAUUUGUGUGUGGAUUUAUUAGAAAUUGACGAAGCUGAGCAUACCCUCUUUGACCCUGAUGUCCAGAAAAAAUUAGUAGAACUUCUAGAUCAGGGUAAAACUUGUCUACAGGCAAUUGAAAUGCUAAACAGGAUUAAUUUGAAAUAUUGGUCUGACGACUUGACACAAGAUAUGUGUAGUAAUUUAGAAGCUUUUGCCAAAAAAAGAGAUGAAAUUGUAGUGUGCUGGAAUCCUAUUUUGUUUUGUGCCCUCACAGCUGAAUUUCUUACUAAUUUGUCAGAGACUUCUCUGAAAGAUUCAAGUACCUGUUUGGAGACUGCUGACAUUUUUAAAGAUUUAGGAUUGUGCUUGGAAAAAGCUAUAAAGGAAGAAAGAAUUUUGAGGUAUUAUUUAACAAAAGUGGACUCACAAGGGAGAAAUGCUUUAACAAUUAUGGCUCAAAACCAAUUUUAUAGCAUGCUAGAUUGUGGAGAAAUCGGAACAAUUGUAACGAAAAUGUGGAUAGGCCCUACUAGAGAUUAUGGAAUAUUGGGCGCGUCAACGAUUUACACCUCAUUUAAUGCAGCUUACGGUGAAGAAAAAGGUAUGUCAUUUGCUUACCCGAUGAAAAAUGAUUUACCUUAUACAUUUCAUUAUGAUCAAUGAUUGGAUUCUUGCAAACUGAGAUUUUAUGGUCAAGCCGUAUCUGCAAUAACUUUACUUAUUAUUUAUCAGAUGACAAUUUAUACUGCUAUAGCAGACAAUGCAUUCUUGGAUAUCACUAAUAGCCAAUCAUGUCUCCCUUACUUAAGAACUGCUCAAGUUUGGAUUGGAUCAAUUAUUCUUGAAGAUAUACUAUAUUAUAUAUAUCAAGUUAAAGCAGGAAGAAUUUAUCAGUUUACAAAUUGAAAUGUUUUAAAUAUCAUGAUGUUUUGUCUUAUGCUUUUCAAUUGCUGAGGAUUUGGGAAAAGAUACAUGGGACCUGGGAAAUAUUUUUCCGAUGAAGAUCCUUAUACUUUUAACGCCCUCAUGCACUCAUUAAUGCUUAUUUUUAUGUGAAUCAGGCUACUUUCAAUUUUGUUAGCAUCUAAAACAUUCGGACCAUUUUUAAAGAUGAUUUGGAAAUUGUUAAUAAAAAUGAUUGAUUUUUAUAUUAUUUAUGCAUUUUUAAUUGUAGGCUCAGCUGCAGUUUUUACAUCAAUUUUCGGAAACUCAAAUAGCUAUUUUCCUACAUUUUCUGAAUCAGUUAGGUUUUUAUAUUCAGGAGCACUUAUGUAUACAGAUUUCUCAGGUUUUACAGAAUACAUUGCAUUAGGUAGCGUCAUGUAUGGAGCUUAUAUGAUUGCAGCAGCUAUAUUGUUCCUUAACUUAAUGAUCUCGAAGCUCUUUUUGGCUUAUUCGCAAAUUAUUGAAGAAGUAGAAAGUGAGCAUCGAGCUGCAAUCACGAAUCACUAUAAUAGAUUUUCUUGGGAUAGCCGAUAUGGAGCGCUUAUAUUUUUGCCUACUCCUUUAAACUAUAUCACACUGGCUGUUUGUCCUUUGGUAUUAUUCACAGCCAAUCCAACCAAAUGGAAUACCAGAAUUUGCAAAGUUUUCUAUAUAGUUUAUGCUAUUCCGCAGUUCGUUUUAUUUGCAUUAGGCUCUCUUAUAUUUGCUAUUUUUAUGUAUGGGAAAGGACUAAUAAUUUAUGGAAAAACUGGCUAUGUAUCGAAAUUUGAUAAUAAACUCCAAAUAUUUUCCAUGAAUUUCGAUGAUACCAUAAUGGCUAAUAAAUCAAUAAGAGAUGAAAAAGUCCAAGUAAAAUUCAGCUAUUGAAAAUCUUUCAAAUGGAUAUUUAUAGGAGCUCCUUGGCUAAUUUGGGCUUUAUUGAGAGACUGUGUCCAUUAUUGGAUGAUAAUUUAUGACAGAAAAAAAGUCUUAUUAGUCGAUGAUAAUGAAUUUACAAAAAUUCAAGAAAUGGUUGACAGCAUUUUUUUAGCAAAAACUCAAAAAAUAUUGAGAGGGAUUGUCGAAGAAAAAAUCAGCAUUAAUCAGUUCUUAGAAAUUUAUGCGGCAUAUAUGAAGAUUGAUUUAAAAAAUAAUGAAGAAAAAAGAGAGCUAUUAUAUGAAUAUUUUAUGCAAUAUGCAGAUUCGACUAAAAUAGCUAAUAUCAAUAUUUCAAGAAUGAAGAAAAUUCUGCCGAGAAGAUCUGGGAAAUAUUUCACUCAAUCUUAUUUAGAGCAUGCUCAAAAUAUUAAUGUUCCAUGGCUUAUGAAAGGGUUAAAACAAUAUCAAAGGCAAAUUGGAUCAAUAAACAUAGGCGGCUUGACCCUUCCAAAACUUCCUUCAGCAGCUAAAAGUGGCAUAGAUCCGAGAAGAAUAGAUAUUUUGGAGCGUCAAAUAAGAGAGCUUGAGCACAAAUACAACGCUAUGCUAGAUAUUGGAAGAAAAAUGAGAAAUGAAAUGGAAAUGCAAGUGAAAUAUUGCUAUACAAGAGAUGUCAGAAGCAGAGCUGCGAGCAGAUCUAAUCAAACGUUGAUUUCAUAA